GUCAGUCAGUUGUCCUCGAACAGUGAAAUGUAUUAGACCGCUGGUCGACAAGCAAUCUGUGCUUUAGUGUGCGACCUGUCACGGAAUUGGCUUUUCUUUUGGGGGGGAGGGCGAAGGGUUUCUGAGCAGUAUUGGAUUCUGUAAGGAUAGCCGCAUAUUUUCUACACCGUACGCAAGCUAUCGUUCAGUGCGGGGGUGGAAGCUGGUCCGUUCUACUGUCAAAAGGAAAAUAUUCCCGUGUCAGUCAAAAAAUAUAGAUAAAGAGGAAAGCGCGCGCUCGAGGGUAUCCUGCUGUGGGAGUAAAAUCAACCAGAAGCUAUCAGUGAAGCAAUGAAAGGAAACACAAUAUUCCAUUUAGAGAUGAAAAUGUAAUAGAUUACUGAAGUGAUGCAGAGAAGAAUAAUAUUGUGGUGUGAAAAUUGUAAUAUUUAGAAGCAAAAUGUUAUGUGAUGCUGUGGACUGCACCAUAGUUUGAUAACGCACGAUGUUAUUUAAAUAAAAAAAAACCUAAAGAAAAGGGUCCUGUGAGAGUAUAAAAGUUUGUAAGGAAAAUAAACACCAAAUUACUCGGUCAACUCGGUGAAACAUGUGUUAUUUCACUGUAUCUACUAUAGCCGAUCCCGAUUGGGUGCAACGAAUAUGUUGCGCAGAAAUUCAUUACAAAAGAGCAGUGGUGUGAAUUUAGGUUAAUUUGAUAGCAGUGUCACCUGAUAAUCAAAAGGAGAAGAUAUCCACGGCUGAUAACAAGAAUCAGCCCAAGUUUCUGUUCUAUCUACUUUAAGCAAUUCGUUGGUGUUUUUUGUUGCAAUUAUUUAUUUGCUUAUUUAUUUAUUUAUUCAUAUCGCAAAUAUUACACCAUGGCUACUAUGAUACUAGCUGAAAAAAUCACAGUAUUGGUGUUACUUCUGGGAUCUUAUCUUCUGAUGGUUGCUGACUGUGUGUCACUCGAAGGUCUAGUGGCUCCCAUAGAAGUCAUCGAAGAAUGGGGCUGCUUUGAUUCCGAAAUUCGGUUAACGUGUGGAAAUCUCGAUUCGACGAUGGCGGUGCUAGAGGCCAAAUUUACGCCCCACUGUAAUGAGGAGCGAGCCGAGGACUGUGUGUACGUGGACGAAAACAGCAUCGCCCGUUCGUUCUCCGCUCAGAAAUUGGAUAAAUUUACAUUGGAAGAAAAAGAAGCUGGUCAGCGAUUUCUUCAGACAUUGAGGCGAAAUCAUGAAAACAAACGACUACUCGAGGAAACUAGUCCGUCCGUCGGUGCCGUGCAGGUGGCCAAUGGUGCUGUGAACGCUAGAACCACGAAGGACAAGCGAAGUUCUUUGAGGAAUACGUUGGAACAUCUGAUUGUUCGAUACUUGCGUCGAAUAACGAGCAGUGGUGAAGAUGAAGAGGGUGAUGAGAGUGGUGGGUUUGAAUCUUCUUCGGCUCGGUACCGUCGCCAGGUGGCAAUGGUUGAUGGCAAUGAAACAUCGAACGGAGCCAGAAACGAAGCGCUACACAGUUCCGUCGAAAUCACAUUGCUCACCAAUGAUACAGAUGGUGAAAAUGGUAGUGUUUUAAGCGAUAUAAGUGGAUCAAUCGGAUCACCAUCAACGGAUGGUAUCAUAAAAGGUGUCGUGGAAAGUGUAAAUGUGCCAUCCAGCACGUUUGUGUCAAGUGUCGAUGAAAGAAAUUCUCAAAUCGUCGAAGCCAGUGAUGUUGGUGAAGAACAGUCCGGGAAAGAACGGAAUCGCAAAACAAAAUCGCGUGAAUGUACAAGCAUUCGCAAACGUGUUUCCCAGUUGGAUAAAAUCGAGUUUGAGAAAUCGCUGCGAAAUGAUUCCUUCCGGGAGUACAACAUCCGCAAUGCUCUGAAUUACCGAUGUUCCGGACAGAAUCAUUGCAGCUUUGUAUUUGCUCAGGAUCACCCUUAUGCCGUAGUUUGGCGCGAGGGUAUUGUGCGUGUGAAAUACAUUUGCAUGGACGACUUUCGCAUCAGUAAGUAUUGCGACGAGCACUUAAUACUUGGCAACGAGAAUCGGUGGGAACGACGACGGAAGAACCAACAGACCAACCGAGAACGCGACGUUUCCGGCUCAGUAACGAUGGCAACGAGCACCAUACGUGACGAAAUCCCGCAGGACUAUGCUGUCGACGGUAACAACGACCCGGUCGGGUUCGCCGAGGAUAGAAAGCAUUGGAGUUACGACGAUAAGGACUACGGCAUUGACGCCGGCGACGACGAUGACGACGAUAAUGACGAACCCGAAGAGUACGGCUACGAUGACAAUGGCCCUCGGGGUGAACCUCGGGCCGAAGCGCUGCAACAGGGUCAACAACAAAUCCAGCAGAGCCAUUCAUUCCAUAAUCUGAAAAUUCUGAAAACAUUACCUGGCGCGGAAGUGCUGGUUAAUGAGACGGAAAAUCAGCGGAAACUAGACGCGGAUGCAGCUAACCGACAGCACCAACGGCAACGACAGAAAGUCUUUUCUCAGGACUUUCGAGUGUUGAAAAUUCUCCCUAGUGACCUGGACGAAGUGGAAGACAUCAAACAGGUCGGAAACGAGUACUAUUUCAAAAAAGACGUAGAAGUGAUUGAUGACUCCGAGAAUGAAAUUGUGCCGGUUGCGGAAAUCGCACCCAGAAAUGACUCCACCACACAGUUUACGGAAACACUUGACAUUGUGGUUCUUCCGCCGCCCACCAGAGAUGUCGAUGUUUAUGAUAGUAGCUUAGACAAGAUAGUGGGAGUAAAUGAUAGUGUCGAAAGCGAUGAAAAAACUACCAUUACCUUGGUAGAUUUGAUAGUCCCAACGAUGGGCUCCAGUUUAGAAAACAGUACUAGUCAAAAGCAAUUUUUGGAUGGAAGCGUUUCAACAUACGAGAGCAGCUUCUCUACACAAGGGACAUUCUCCACGAAAGGAACGUUUGUCAAUACUCCACAAAGUGGCUAUCCAGUGUUGGUGACGACCUCAGCGUCAUCCGAACCGCCGACUAAGGCUAGUGAUGAAUUGGAUGAUCAGAAAAAUUUAGAAAAAGCUCCUGAUGUAGAGUCAAAUGAAAUCGAAGAAAAUGCUAAAACGUCGACGAACCUUAACAACGAAACCGAUGAUGAUUUCAGUUUCAACAAUAGGACUUUCAGGAAAAUGCAGGAAACUGUAUUAGAGGAAAUGAGUGGUAAAAAAUUCGAUGACAGAGAGGGGUAUCCAGUUUCUUAUGAUUACAGUGACGAGGAUGAUUUUGAGCAGGAUGAUAACAAUGAUGACUAUGAAGAAACAGAGAAAAGAAGCCACAAGAAAUAUAUCAGUAUUCAACGAACGCUUUUAAAGCACCCAUUGCGCCAAGGUUUUCUUAUGACCCCUGGUUAUCCCAAGUACUACAUCGGGGACAGCGUCUGCCGGUGGACACUGUACACACAGCGACUGCAGAAAAUUAAGUUAACUAUUUUAGAUUUAGCUUUGCGGUUUGAUGAACCGUGUAGAGAUUACGUUGAGAUUAGGGAUCUAGCGACUAAUCAAACCCUAUUCAGCAGCUGCACCGAAAGCACACGUCCGAUCGAAGUGAUCAGUUUACAAGAACGUAUCGAGGUGAACGUUCGGACGACGACAAAAGUCGCCUAUCCCAAACGGGGCGUACUAAUACAUUACUCAGCACUCGGCUGCGAAGUGCCGUCGCCAACACCGCCGCAUAUGACGCUGGUUCGUCGAAGCGAGCGCCGCGUAAAGUACAUCUGUGAUCCUUUGUACGUUUUUCCCGACACUGCUGAACCCAGUCGCGAGUUGGUCUGCACUAGCAAGCACACGUGGAAUCGACCGUUGCCAGACUGCGUAGAAAAGCGCUCCACCGAAGGCAGUGGUUUAGUAUCUCACUACGAACAGAAGCGAAAGUUUAGUGAUUCCGAAAACAUGUCUGAUAAGCAGGCAGAUACAGUUUAUGACAUUCUGAUUCCGUCGUUAGUAAUCGCUGCCCUAUUUAUUGUUAACGGCAUCGUAUUCGCAGUCAUUAUGCGCUACAGGAACAAAAGAAAACAACGCCUUGAACUAGACAGUAAGGAAUUAGCUGAACUGUAAAAUCCCAUUCUCCUGGAACCGAAAUACAAAGAGUAAAAAGAAAAGUAAAUGCAUGACGAAAUACUCAACAAUGGUAAUGCAUGUACAAGAACAAUGAAGUCAUUAGCAAACAAGAAAAGAUAUCAUCAUCGUUGCUCAUUAGACAGCUUGACCUUGACAAUGAAACAUAUUUCCGUUGUCCUUAGCAGUGCAGUAUUGUGCCUGGAAAUGUUUAUGAUGCAGUAGUUUAUGGGCAUGCUUAUCUCUUUAUUUUUAUGUACAUUUCCUGUGCAUCCAUAUAGAUACUGCUACUGCCAGCCAAACGUAACCAAAAAGACAUGCCUAUUUUCAAGGACUUCAUGCCCUUUUUCGUGGAUGGAUUCGCACACAAGCAAAUUACCAUAUCAUCAACUUAUCACCACUGUCAUCGCCGUCAAAUAGAUCCAUAAAGAAACCCAAACAUUAUCAACGCUUAGGUAAGUCUUUAAACAGUUCAAUUAUUGCAUCUAGAUGAAUAAAAAAAAUGUGCUCAGUUCAACUGUGCAAGCCUGAUAUUUUGUCGCUCUAAAAAAAUGUAAUUGAAUAGCUUAGAUCCAAGAAUAAAGAUUAGUAUCUCUAUUCACACGCAUACCAAAUUGAUAACUAUUUUGCACGCUAGAAAAUUACUAUAUAUGUACAAAUCACACGACAUGCAAACCAAACAAAAAAAAUGAAAUUAUAUUUAUAUCAGUGAAACCGCUAAUCAAUUUUGAUAAUCUGUAUUUUCUUUGAGUCUUAAUAAUGCACAUGCUUUUCGUACUGAAUCCAAAAAUUGAAGUGGAAAACGUUUAGGUCAAAGAUAAAUAUUUUCUAAAUUUUUACAAACCAGUAAUAUGAGCAUUUAUGAGAUUUCAAGACAACAAGCCAACGGCCAACAAAUCACUUUCAUUUACACCAAUGUAGCUGAUUUAAUGUUGUAGUGUUAACAUGUUUUCGAAUAUAUUUUGUACUGAAAGCGGUCCAGAGUUGAAAUGAUAAACAGAUAAACAGAGCAAAUGCGCCGAAAUAGUACAUAUGAAAUCCAAUAACAAGCAAGCCAAAGAUUAGAUGUUAUCGUAUAUAUGCCUACCGACAGCUUUGGGAUGAUACGCAAUUUGCCAUUGGAAAAUAUUAAAAAUUAAAUUCAACAUGUGCUUUAUUCAAUACUAAAGUGACACUUUUGAACUGAGAACACCGAAAACUGAUUAAAUUGAAGAAGGGAUUGAUAACAGGAUAGGACGUGGUCAUACGAUAUGUGAUUUGUCUAAAAUAUACUAUGAAUGAGUGUGAUGAGUUGACGAAGCUUAGUAGACCGAUGCGUGCCAGGGCAAAUACACAAAUUACAAUUAUAUAGGAAACCCUGAGAGUUGAAACAUUCGCGUCUAAUUUCACUUGGAACCACAGGCUAGGAACCUAGCUCCUCUAGGAACCACAGGAUAACUAUUGAUUUCAGUCUGUCGUAUAAGUUCGAAUUAAAUCUAAAGCCCGAAAAAAUAUCACAAGAAAGGUUGUUUUCUUAAUUUGUAUAAAAAUAAUAUUGUACUUCCAAGCCGAAAUAAAAGCGAUAAAAAUA